UGGGAUAGGACUAUCGCUAGAGUGAUCAAAGGCAUUGUUUCGAUUAAAGCGACAACUACCAGACCCUUCGAUACGGAAUCAGCCGGCGACUACACUAGAACGGGAUUCGUGAUCUCCAGGAAGCACGGCUUUAUCCUCUCAAACUACUAUGUGGUGUCACUAGCACUGAUCACAUCGGUUGCUGUGUUUGUUAAUUACGAGGAGGUCCCAAUAAAACCCGUUUAUCGUGACCCAACCCACGAUUUUGGCAUCUUCAGAUAUGAUCCAUCGAAAUUGAAGCAUAUUAGUGUCGAAGAGAUCGAGCUCCGACCGAAGCUCGCUCGUGUGGGCGAGGACAUCAAGGUCGUCGGUAAUGGUGCUGGUGAGAAGUUGUCGAUUCUUGGCUCUACCCUUGCGAGGCUCGAUCGCCGUGCCCCAAGUUACGGAACCGACUCCUACAACGAUUUUAAUACCUUUUACAUGCAGGCCGCCUCCGGGACUUCUGGUUGGUCCUCCGGUUCCCCGGUGCCGAAUAUUAACGGCCAGGCUGUGGCCUUGAAUGCUGGAGGGAAUAACUCUUCCCAGAGUUUUUUCUAUCUUCCGUUGCACAGGGUCGUGCGCGCGGUGGAGAAAAUUAAGGGGAAGGAGGCUGUCAGCCGUGGUACCCUGCAAACCGAGUUUUUGCACCAUAGCUAUGAUGAAUCUCGAAGGCUCGUUUUAAUAGAGUUGAUGGAGGAGGGAUGCAGGGCUAGGAAUCCUUCUGCUACGGGUCCCCUUAGUGUCAUCCGGGUUCUCAAGGGUGGUCCCGCGAGCCCAGACAGGAAGCAACUUCCGAACGGGGCCGAACUUGCUGUUCCGGCUGGUGUAACCAGGGUUCCCGGAUUGGAACCUGGGGAUAUCCUUUUUACCUGUAAUGGAAAGCACAUCACGGACUUUAUUGGGCUUUGGAGCAUCAUUGAUGACACUGUCGGAGAGGAUAUCCUACUCGAAAUUUUCCGUGCUGGG